GUUGACUGUAUCCCCAAAGAAGGACCUCAACCCAUAAUUUCUCAGAAUGGUACUAUACUAAGUUUUCUCCAUGCUGACAGUUCCUGAUGUUAUUUUCUCAUUCUCUCCAGACUUUUACAGGAAACUUCGUAUACUAUAUAAAGUCCGUUCUUCCAGAAAGUGUAAUAGAACAACUGCUGUCAGAAAUUGGCUAUGUUGCCACCACUGCCACUGAAUAUUCACUGGUCAGAAAACUUAAUGAGGAAGAAGCGGAAUGCACUGCAUUUGAAAUAUUCCUUGCAAGAAUUGAAUGCGAAGACCUUCUUGAAAUUGCAGGGGACAUGAAAGACAGUGACCUGGCUGAUAUUCUGCAGAAGAGGGCCCAAAAACUUAGUCUUCCUUGUGUUGACCUAGAGAAAAAGCAGGAAAUCUCACAAAGAAAAGAUUAUGUGACCACUGGAGAAAUCAACGGGACAGCAAAUCCCGAAAUGGCAUGCUUGAGCCACAGCCAAUGUGCCUUCAAAGAGCAAGAAAAGAUGGAGCAUGGAAACAACUUUGGUCUCCAAUGCACUACAACAGAGACUCAGCCAGCUGCUUCCAAACAGACUCCUGAGCAGGACAUGAACCAAAACGAAACAGGGGAAACUUCAACACACUCCUGCAUCAAAAGCAUGGACAGUGAGGACUUUCUGAUUAAGUACAGCGACAUUGUCAUUGGGCAAAAGCCCCUCCACUUUUCCACCCCCCCUUCAAGAGCAACCAAUGGGGAAACCUGGCUUACUGAAACAAGGCUGGGCCUACCAACCAGUGGGGCAAAAUCACUCACUCUUCUGCCUUCCAAUGAAAGUGGACCUCAAGCCUUAGCCAUCCUCAGUGACUCUACUGUGGGAAGCAAAACUCCUUAUGACUCCCAGACUCAAGACUCUUGUCAAAAGACAAUUGAAUCAAAGAUAUGCGAGGCAAUGAAGGGUCUGAGCCUUCAUGGGUCAGAUACAAUUGAUGAACCCAAAGAACUGAAAGGCAGCAUGGUGCAUCCAUCAUGUCACUGCUCCAGUGACUUAGCCUUGAUGUUAGAUAAGAAGCCGAAGAACAAGGAAAACUGCAUGGAGAGGCUAAUGUAUCCUGUGGAAGAAACAGCACGUCCAGAAUCCACAAGGAGCCAGAGAGUCAUUGAAGAACUUUAUCAUCCUGGGAUGAAAUUUGCAGACCUACCCCGUAGAGACAGUUACAACAUGGACCUCUAUUCAUCAGAUCACUUCAGUAACAUCACUGGGUGCAAAUAUCCCACACCUGGUCCAAGUUAUGGCAGACAUCGAGAUGUUCCAAUUGUGUGUGAAGCAGAAGGGUAUUUUAAGCAUGUUGGAGAGCCACCUAUUUCAACCUGUCCCAUUCCCUCUGAGGCUCAGUACUGUGGCGACAUUCCAGCAUGUAUUCAGUAUAGGCAAGAAGGAUGUCCCCUCCACUCAUCUUUGGCAGACUUUGAUACUGGUGGGGUGCAUAUGAAUGAAUCCAGCCUAGAAGGUUACGUUGUUAUUAACAAAGAUAACUAAAACUUAAGUCCCUGGGAGCUUUGGGACUAGCAAGUCAGGAUAUACGGAGUUGCAGCUACAGCAAAUUUGGUCAUACGGUCUCUGAGAGCAUCAGUGUGUCUACUAGAUCCCUGCCCCAUCUCAUCAAAUGGUGAAAUCUAGCAAGAGGUUAUCAUGUGAUAUUUCAUUCGACUUCAGAUGUGCUCAGCUAAGAUCUCAUGAGAUUUUUAGCAUCCUCUUACUGUGAAAUCAUUGAAAGCAUGUUAAAAUUUUAAGAUUUUUUUUUAGUUUUAGUUUUUGCAUUGCUAUGUAAAGGCACCCACAGGAUGGAAAAAAAUCACCAUCCCUUCAACGGCACCCAUGUCCUUUUUCAUCCACUUAGGCAUCUCUAACCAGUCUCUUCUAGAUAUGCCUCUGUCUGUGGACUAAUGGUUAGCAGGCAGGAUAAAGAGGGGUACACACAGUGGGGGAACACGAGUGUCCCAUUCAUCCUUUUGGUAGUUCUCCAGCCUUUUAUGCAAUCCCUAAGUGCCUGAAAGUUGUCCAGGAUAAAGAACUAGGACUAAGAAACUGUACAGAUAAGGAAUGCUUUCUGAAGUUUCUCUGAGUGUUUUAUGUUCUUCCCACCCAGUUCAGUUUUAAUCAAAGAAACAUUAAUCAUGAGCUUUAAGAUACAAGAUUACAGGUAAUCCUCAUGUAGCAACCACAGUUGGAACCAGCGACUUGGUUGUUAAGC